AUUAAAAAUAAAUAAAUAGAAGGAAAAGAAAAGGGGGAGUGCAACACGCACCUUGCGACCACAAAAAUAGUAGCGAGAAUGAACAGCUUGAGCAUAAUGACAACCUACCCGUUUGGAAAUGGCACUCUUGCGUUGUUUCCGAAGAACAAAUCAAUAGCGAGCUGCAGUUGCAGUUACAGAGACAGAGACGAUGGUCCUCUAUCAACUGCUUCAGCUUACACCGUCCUUGGAAUCCAUCCUCACUCUUCCCCCGCCGAUAUCAAAGCCGCUUUUCGAGCCAAAGUGAAGCAGUUCCAUCCAGACCACAAUAGAGAUCCCAAUUCUGAUACUAUCAUUCGUCGCGUAAUUCAGGCCUAUCGGCUUCUAUCCAAUUACACCCCUUCACAAUUCAUUCAAAGUGAAUGCUUAGAUCCUUUUGACACACCCGAGUGUGAAGCUUUUGAUCUUUUCGUUAACCAGCUUCUCUGUGUCGGCAAAGCGUGUUCUAAUUCCUGUGUGGAAAGAGCCCCUCAUGCUUUCACCUAUGACUCUUCAACUGGAACAGCACGUGCAUCUUCUCAAGGUCAUGGGGAAGAUUACCAAGUUCAAUGUGCGGUUGGACAAUGCCCUAGAAAUUGCAUUCAUUAUGUAACCCCAUCACAAAGAAUUCUCUUGGAGGAGCUACUUGAUAGUAUAGUGGAUGCACCCUAUGAUACAUCAGCUGAGGCAGACUUGCUCUAUUCACUUAUAACUAAAGCUAGGUUUGAGAAUAACCGAUAUCAAAAGCCUAAGAAGCAACCUAAAGCUUCAAGCGAGCAUGUCGAUUGGUUUUAACAUUUAUGGGCCUAUAGCACUGUGAUUGGUGAGCCAUGGUUUACAAUACUACUACCACUAGAAGGCAUAGCUAUUUCCUAGAUAUCAGAUGCUAUUUUCUCUCAAGGAUUGGAGCCUUAUACCUCAUUUCUUUGAAACAUACGAGAAGAAUAUAAGCUACUUACAAUUUCUGAUGUUCUUUGUUUUAUUUUAUCUACCCCCUUUUUAUAUGAUUUCAGUAAGGGAUGGAGGAAGCAGGUAGGGGUGUCAUUUCAUAACACAACAUAUCUUGCAGUGUUGCAAUGCAAGAUGCCUGUUUUCAAUGUAUAAACAAGUUUAUCUAACCGAUGACAAAUUAGAAAAGUACUUGUAUGAUUUCUACUAUUUUUUUAUUUUUUAUUUUUUAUGUCUUUU